UGUUUUGCAAAGGUGGGGGAGAGUGUCCCAGGGAGAAAUCCCUAAGGGAAUGGCAAAAUUCAAAAUAAAAAAUCAAAGUGACAACUGGCACCGUAGCAAGCCUGCGAAGUGAAGCAAAUGACUAAUUGAGAAACAAAAGACAAUCGCUCUUCUUCCCCAUCUCAAUCCCAUGCAUAAGAUUAUAAGAGUGACAAUAAAUCAAUGGUGGCCCCCUUUGGGUGGGGUUGCCCUGUCCCUGCUUCCCCUGCUAGAUUUUGAGUCUCUGUCCUCUUUGCUUUGCUCUUCUUUCUCUCUCUCUCCCAACCCCUUUUUUUAACCUCUGUAACAACAAUAACAGCAAUUGCAAAAUCCCCCAUUCAUUUGCCCCAACACGCCAGGUUGUUCACUUCAUUGUCUCCCAAUCAAAUCUCGAUACCCCAUCAAUCCGAUACCCAAAAAAAUUUACGAAGAAAGAAAGUAGAGACUGAGCGGCUGAACCUCCCCGAAGGCCAAAAACCCAAAACAAAACAGAACAAAACAUAAUCGGAUCUUUCUCUUUCUCUUACAUUAAAUGCCGCAUUCAGACUCGCUCGUGUCUUUUACUUUAAUUCUCACCCAACUGGCCAGCUCUAGUUUUUCUCGCCAUUUUUAAUAGGUACGAUCGCUGAUGCCAAUGCUGUGAACUAAAAGACAAUAAAAUACAGGCAAAAGAUAAAAACCAUAGCGGUACAUAUUCAAUACGAUGGCAACAACAACAACAACAACAACAUCAGUUUCUACCAAAACAUCGUCUGCUCAGCUCAAAGUCCAAGUCCAACCCAUCAAGCCCAAACGUCGCAAGUGCAAAGAAACCACCAUUUCUUCCUGUGUCUCCACGGCUGCUGGUACUGCUACUACUGCUACUACAAACAACUACCCAGAGUCGGUUUUUUCUGGGGUUUUGGCUCGGAAACUUGACCCUCCUACCAUUGUUUCCCCUGAUAGCCCUUGGUGCUGUCCUGCUUCAAAACCCCUCCCCACUCCCCCACCUCCCCCUCCUUCUCCUCCUCCGCUUCCGCCGCAAGCUCGCCGUGUUCCGGACCAGGGAAUAACCGAUUCUUUGUGGGGUUUCAAGAUCCGAUAUUCUCCGGGCAGUGUAUCACCCGUCAUGGACUUCACGGGCGGGACAACACUCUCCAACGGUCACUCUCCGUCGAGUUUCACCAACUUCAACUCUGCUCUCACGGCGGGUCUUUUAAACCCGAUGUCGCCGCCGCCUCCACCGGACAAGACGCGAUCCAGCCCGACCCUUUUCGAGAUGAUGGCUAGUGAACCCGAUAUCCACCCAAGAACCCAAACCCAAAACCAAGCUCAGAUCCAAGUACCCAUUGCAGCUCCCAGACAAAAUCAACCCCCGCCAGUAAUGGAUAAGCAGGCAUUGACCAUGCAGCGAAUUUCGGAUCUUUUGUCGACCCGGAGCCCUGGGAACCAGUUUAACGACCCAGGUUCGAGUGAUGUAAAGCUGACGUUGAGUUCCAAGGAUGGGAUUAGUGUGGCAAUGAACGUGCACAGACAAAUACUGGUGGCACACAGUAGGUUUUUUGCAGUGAAGUUAUCGGAUCGAUGGGCAAGUCAGCAGAGGAAUGGAUCAGCUGGGCCGUACAUUGUGGAAAUAGCGGAUUGUGAUGACGUGGAGGUUUAUAUAGAGACUUUGAGGUUGAUGUAUUGUAAAGAUUUGAAGAAGAAGUUAAUGAGAGAGGACGUUUCUAAGGUUCUUGGAAUUUUGAAGGUUUCAGCGGCAAUUGGAUUUGAUGCUGGGGUUUUGUCUUGUUUGGAGUACUUGGAAGCCGCUCCUUGGGCUGAGGAUGAAGAAGAGAAAGUGGCUUCUUUGUUGUCAGAGCUCCGCCUUGAAAAUGUUGGAGCAGGGGAAGUUUUGAAGAGGGUUUCUGUUGAAGUGACUAAUGGAACUGAUGAGGGUGGCGAUAAUGAAGAAGUGCUUCUCAAGCUUUUACAUGUGGUUCUUGAAGGCAAAGAUGAGAAGGCAAGGCGUGAAAUGAAAGGAUUGGUCUUGAAGAUGCUUCGUGAGAAUCCAUCUCAGAAUGAUCUACGGAAAGAGUCUUUGUAUUCAGCUUGUGAUGGCUGUCUGGAACUUCUCCGACACCAUUUUCUCCGAGCAGCUUCAUCUGAUUUGCAGGAUGUGAGUCAGAUUGCAAGACAAGCAGAUAAUUUGCACUGGAUUUUGGACAUUUUGAUUGAUAGGCAAAUUGCUGAGGAUUUUCUAAAAUCAUGGGCUUCGCAAUCUGAAUUAUCUGAUGCUCAUUCGAAAGUUCCAGCUGUCCAUAGGUAUGAAGUCAGCAGAGUUACUGCACGGCUAUUUGUGGGAAUUGGAAAGGGGCAUUUAUUGGCAUCAAAGGAAGUAAGGUUCUUGCUUUUACAAACAUGGUUGGUGCCAUUUUAUGAUGAUUUUGGGUGGAUGAGGAGGGCAUCAAAAGGCCUUGAUAGACAUUUAAUUGAGGAUGGUCUUAGUAACACAAUUCUCACCUUACCUCUGGCUUGGCAACAGGAAAUUUUGAUUGCUUGGUUUGAUAGAUUCUUGAACUCUGGUGAAGAUUGUCCAAACAUUCAAAAAGGUUUUGAAGUUUGGUGGAGGAGGGCUUUCUGGCGACGCAGUGGUGAACAAGAACUACCAAGGCAAUUACAUGUUACAGCUGCAACCAUUGAGAACUCAUAAAGUUCCUAUUACAUGGUGCAGAACCGGUGGUACUUUAAUGGGUGCUGCUUAUGGAAAAAAAGAUCUGUGCCACCUUUUGUUCAAAUUUGUGAUGAGCUUCAGAGAGGAGUAGGCUUUUAUGGGGUCAUAAUUAAAAACUUUGGAGUGGCAGAACUCUAAAAAAUGAGGUUGCUAAUAUUAGCCAGAUACACUCCAGAAUGUUGGAAGCAAGAUGGUGUUGAAUUCAUGGUUUUCUGAUCUUAGACUGAUGUGAAAAUCUUGAUUGUAGAAUGCAGUGCAUCCUAUAAGAUGCUGCAGGAAAGAUGAUGACUACUUGUGGUGGCUUGCUGACAUUUAUUUCAGCGGUGAAUGUUGAAAACUUGAAAUCUAAGUCAAACUCUUGAGCAUCUUUACCAUAUUAUUUUAGUAAAAAAUGAUGUUGGGGAAUAACUUCUUUACUAGUGUUCCUGUGGGAAUAACCUAGGAAUAUGUUUGGAAUAACUUCUCCCGUGUAAUAUGCUGCAGAGGUUUGUGGGAAAAUCAAUAUUCUUUCCUUCUUUGUCGAGGAUUUUGGUUUUGAACUUUACUAGAAGACAUUAGCUUUGAGAUUCCAAAACUUGAUAGAUGAUAUGGAAAAAAUAAAGUUCAUGUGAUCCUAAAGGUUCUUUAUUGCCUUUGAAGACUUCAACUUCGUAUAGUUAUUUUGUGAAUGUGCCUUUGCACCACUUAGUUCAACUGGAGAAUCAAUAUCAAUAACGGCUCCAGAUGGGACAGAUUGAAAAAAAAGGGCUCAUCAUUUAUAUGCUCUAAAAAUGCCAUAUCCAUUCUCAUUUGAAGCCAAUGGGGAAAAAGUUGUAUGGAUGUGCUCCACUUGUAUCAUUUCAUAGCUGCAGCUCUUCUCUUAAGUGAAAACCAGCUUUCCAACAUCUCCUUUAUCAAACAAA